CCGAACCGUUUUCAGAGUUACGAGUUCGUAGGUUCCCCUAUCAACGAGAGCCCCCCUGUUCGGUUCCUUUAACCCCGGUCCCGGUCGAACAGUCAGUUCAGUUCAGAUCCGACCAUCGUACCGUGUGGAUCGUUCGACAGUGUGCUCGCCUGCGAUACGUUCUUGUGGAUUUUCGACGCGCUGCCAAGAAGAAGAAGAAGAAAACACAGGACUUUUUAAUAAUUGUUUCGCAUACAUGUGUGACGCAAGUGCAGUGAAGUCUCUCUGGGAUUUACUUUGACAAUCGUCGCCGUUUCUCGACUGAAGAGAUUCUGUGAUCACGUAUAUCAGUGCGUUCAUUCUUGAAAAAACUGUAACAGACUCCGGCAACCGCAACAAUUGGAUUACGAACUGCGGUUGCGCCUUCGCGGUGUCCCGUGCCUGCGAAGAGCCGACUUUGAUUCGAAGUUCCGCGGACGCGUGCGAGACCGUCAACAAUGCUCGUCGACGAGAUGCCGCGAAGCUUCGUGAAGAAGAACAACAGCUACAGCCACUGCCCGCUGAAAAAGCGGCCGGUGCAUGUACUGCCGUCCGAGGAAGUCACCGAAACGAUCAAAGAAGAGAUAAUCGACGUCGUGGUGGACGACAUCCCGGAGCCGGAGAAUCUCAGCACAAAGCCCGAGGAUCUGAGCCGGAACGCGGAGCGCCAGCAGCCGCAGCCGGCCGCGUCACGUUCUCCGUCACCUGUCAUCAAAGUCUCCCAGUCUCCGCCGUUGGCGACGCAACCCGCGUCCCCGACGAUGCACCACGUUCACCCGGUGCACCAUCUGCACCAGCACUAUCCGACGAAGGCGGUGACACCGCCGGUCGGGAUCGCUCCGAUUCACCCGGUGGCGAAGAAGGCCCGCGUGGAGGUGAUCCAGCACGAGAACUCGACGGCGUCGCCGGUGACGGUGGCGUCGGCGCCGUUGCAUUUCAUGGCCAGCAAGGCGCCGCUGGAGCCUCUGAACCUAAACACGCCCGUAGAGCCUUUGGCACACUACCCGACGCCAGCAUGGGCUCGCACGGCUCCUCUGUACCCGCCGCACUAUCUGCCUUAUCCGGCGGCUUAUCACCGUUAUCACCACGCGGGCGCGGACCUGUACCCGUCUUAUCCGAUGCCGGCGUAUCCGCACUCGUCGCCGGAGCAUCAUCCGUCAGUGUCUCCGCCGCCACAUAGUUCCCUGACCUGUCCAACGAUCCAGAGACCGAUCGCCAGGAGCUACGCGCACUGGGCCAGCAGUCCCGAUCAUUGCGGCCUGUCGCCCACCAGCUCCCUGGGCUCGGGCUCGCUGAGGUCGCCGCCGCCGGUCACCCCGGAAGACUUGUCCUCGCCAGGAAGCGACAGCGGAAGGUCAUCGGCGGGAAGCACGUCGACAGGGCCGACGAUCGUGAACCCGAAGAUCGAGAAGACAGUGACCAGUGGUUCGACCGUGUCCCUCUCGUCCACCUCGUCCUCCUCCUCCUCGUCGUCGUCGUCGACGUCGCCGAGGUACCAGUGUCCGGACUGUGGCAAAUCGUACUCCACCUAUUCAGGCCUGUCCAAGCACCAGCAGUUCCACUGCGCGGCUGCCGAGGGCCAGGCCAAGAAGUCGUUCUCGUGCAAGUACUGCGAGAAGGUUUACGUCAGCCUGGGCGCGCUCAAGAUGCACAUCAGGACGCACACGUUGCCCUGCAAGUGUCAUCUCUGCGGCAAGGCGUUCUCCAGGCCGUGGCUGCUGCAAGGACACAUCAGAACUCACACCGGUGAGAAGCCGUUCAGCUGUCAGCACUGUAAUCGCGCCUUCGCUGACAGGAGUAACUUGAGGGCGCACCUCCAGACGCACAGUGACGUUAAGAAGUACUCGUGCACCUCGUGCAGCAAGACCUUCAGCAGGAUGUCCCUGCUGACGAAGCACCAGGAAGGUGGCUGUCCAGGGGUCGCGGUCCCGAUCGGCUACGGUUGCUGAAGCGGUCCACGGUCGGGGAAAAUACGUCACUGUUUUCCUUGCUACGUACGUUCCUCGUUUCUGUAGUCUCUUCGUCCUCUUUCGAUCCGCUGAGAAGUGCCUUAUAGAUCCGGAGUACAAACGAUUUAGAAAGUAGGAGGGGUCCGGGGGGAAGGGGCACGCAGGCCGGGUCCAGUUUCUCGGUUACAGUCUCAUCCGGACGGGGAGAAUCGUCGUCGGAGCAGUACCUGGCUUUCGAUUAAAAUUCAUGUCCUCUCUAUGCGAUUGAAUUUUAAACGAGAUCGAUAUGCGACCGAGCAACUGGACUCCUCCCUCGCCGCCCCCGAGGGGAGAAAGGGUCACCGGGAGGAGGAACACCGUGGCGGCGGUCGGGAAGAUAUCUCGAUCGGACCUACCGAUGGUUGUGCAUAUUACUCCUUUUUUUACUUUGUUUCUUUUUUUUUCUAUUUUUUCUUCUUCUUCUUCUUUUUGAUGUAUACUCCACCGCCGAAAGAAAACCCUUUCUUCUCCACCCGUUGGCUGCGCUGUAAAUAGAUUCGGGUUGUGUGCGUGCGACGUGCAGCGAGAAUCAGGGUACGACUGUACUUAGAACCGGUGCGCCCCUUUCCGCGGGCUCGACGGGGAAAAGCUUCUUUCUGGUUCGCGAGUGGCCAUUAUUCGGGGGAAAAAAAGUCGAGGCGAAGCGACCGCUUGACGCGGUCCCGUGAAACUUGCCGUGCCAUUUUUUUUCCAUAUUUUCCGCAAGAUCGUUUCGUUUCGUUCCGUUCCGUUCCGUUCCGUUCCGUUUCGUUUCGUUUCCUCUCCGAGCUCGGAAAUGAUCAUCGUUCUCCCUCGGUUUUGUAGGUUUUCUUUUUUGUUUUGUUGUUCGAAGCGUGCGUCGACACCCGUGCACCAAAGUGCCAUUUUUCUUCUGUUCGGAACGACUGUAAAUAGCAUCUCGCGACGUAGCUGUCAAGGCGCGCACGAAACGAAGUAUUACGAUUUCGCCAUAAACGAGACACAGAGAGAAAGAGAGAGAGAGAGAGAGAGAGAGAGAGAGAGAGAGAGAAAUAGUGUGUGAGAGAGAAAAGUAUUUAAUGAUCGUCCGAUGCCUGAAUGUUACGUUUCCUUUUUCUGUUUCUUUUUUUUCCUUUUUAAUUUUAUUCCGUUUGACGUGCUUGGACACGCUAGCGCGAUGUUGCGAGAGAGAAUGAGAGAAUGGUAAUCCUACGUUUCUUUUUGCCUUUCCGUUUUGUACUUUUCUAUGCGGUUUUUUUGUAAAUCACUGUAAGUUACUCGAAGAAACUAGUCAUUGUACAAUAAUGAACGUUGCGAGAAAUUACCGAGAGAUUCGCUGCGAGGAGGAUAUUCUUGACUCCGACCUGGUCUUUUGCUGUUCUUCGCGGGGGAGUCACUCGAAAAAAGAUUAUAUUAAUUAAUUAACGAAAUCGAGCCGGUGCCGCGUGAACCGUGUAAACUGUCCGCGUGUAAUUAAUUUUUUGUACGGCGCACGGCUCAGGGCGAGUACCACUCUUUCUAGUUCUUUUUUUUGUAAAGAAAGUGAACUACUAUUUGAGAUACAGAUAUCACCUAUAUAUAGAGAUAUUUUAUACGAAAUAAAUUACUUGGAGUUUAAACCUUA